CAAAUAUUUGAGAGGCUUUCCAAAUUCUCACAUCCUUCUCCUACAAUGGCCUCCGUCAACUUCAACCCCUUCGAAAGCUGGUUCAAAAAACCCCCAAACCCCCUGCCACUCAUCAACCUCCUCCCCCUCACUGACUCUUUCUUCCACCGCACCACCGCGGCCCAAUCCCCUCCCAAUUUCUCCUCCCUUAGCCUCUCAAACCUCUUCAACGGCCCCCCGAAACCCGACCCCAAAAACCCAUCUGACCCCGAGCCGGAAAAACCCGGACACUACACCCAGAUGCUGGAGCGGUUCUUCUGGGAGUGCGAGAACGACCCGGAUUACAGACACGCCCCGGAAGUCGAGAAGAUUCUGAACGAAGACCCGAUUUUCGAAAAGAAGGAGAACCCAACGGAGGAGGAGCUCCGGGAGAACGAGAGGUUCUGGAAGGAGUUCCGGGAGAGCCCGGUGGUGAAGUUUCUGGCUCAGGCAGAGAAGAUUGCGGAUAUGGUCAAUGAAGUGGAGCUGAAGGAGAAUGAUAGGCCGUACAGGGACGAGGAUAAGAAGCUGUGGCAGGCGGUGCCGCAUGUUAUUGGGCCGGAAGGGAGGCCAAUGCCGAGGAAGGCGAUAAAGACGAGGCAGGAGUCUGAUGAUAAGUUCUGGGAUUUUGCAAGGCAGUUCUUUUUUGGGCUUUGGGGGUUCCGCCAGCGCCCCUACCCACCCGGCCGGCCUAUCGAUGUUGCUCAGGCAAUCGGGUAUAAGCGGCUCGAAAAGCGGUAUUAUGAUUUUAUCAUGAGGAGCGGUGGAUUUUACUAUAAGGACCGGUUAGGUCGAACAAGAGGUCCGUUGGAGCUAAUAACCCUUAAAACGGCUUGGGGUGCUGGGAUUAUUGAUAAAGACACGUUCAUUUGGGGUGAGGACAUGGAUGAAUGGGCUCCGAUUCACAUGGUGUACGGGUUGGAACCCGCUAUUGCCACUUGGGAAGUUAGACUUGCGGCUGGUGCAACUGCUUUGAUUCACAAACUACAAAAGGGAAUUCCUCCUUGGGUUCCACUCAAGGGACGUGAGAAGAAAACCUAUAAGCAGCUACAAGAGGAGGCUGUAGAAAGCAAGAGACGCGACUUAGCAGUACUUGAAGCUAACGAUGGUGUUUGGCCAGGUGUUCGAACACCUAGUCAUGCUUUAUUUCUUUGGGCUAGUGGCUCUGAACUGACAACAAUUCUAGAAGAGGAUCACAUGCCAAACAAAUACAUUUCAAAAGCUCUUAGGGUUGAAUUGUCUAAAAUUAUACCUGGGUUAAGGCCAUGGGAGGUUCUAAGUGUGGAACAAGCAAUGGAUCAGAUAACAUAUGAGGGAGAGUGGUUCCGUGAACCUCUUGGCUCGUACACGACAGGUCCUCCAUACAUUCGAGCUUGGAAUAAUGAUGUCAAGAGACUAUAUAAUAUUUUCGACAACCUAAGCAGCCGAGUCUACCAGAAACUGGAGCGAACAAUUCCUGGUUUUGAUAAGAUAAUGGAGAAAGUCCAAGCUGAUGCCGCUGCAAGGGAUGCCAAACGGAAGACAAGAAGAGAGGCAGAGAUGAAAGCCGAGCAGGAAAAAGCCUUGGGAAUUCAAAGUGAUGAUUAACUCACAAAAGUCAUUCUUCUGUGGACUGAACGAUUGCGGUGUUCAACAUAUAUUCUUCCGUGCUAUCCGUUUGUACUUCGCGUCGACUGGGAUGAUGACGGCUAUUUGAGAAUAUCCUUGUGAAAGCAUGGGAGGCUGGUAAGGUUAGAUUUGAAAAUGCUGUGUUAGUUUCAUGCUGCCAAAAUCCUCUAGUUUCCAUUUGGUAUUAAACUGUAUCAGAUCUUUUGUAUUAAACCAUUUAACAUGUUAAAUAGCGGAUCCUUCCGUUAACUCAGCGAUCACGAAAACGGAAGCGAAGAGUCUGUUUAUCUAUUUGAUAUGGUAUAGUUACAUAUCAAAGUUGAGAGAUUGUAAUUGCAACCCAAAUCAGAAUUAAAGAGAGAUUAGCACACAGUUAGCUGUGUUCUAAACUUCUAACGCCGAGUUUGCCUCGUUAAGUGUACCGAGGUUAUGACUCACGGGCUGACUCGGAAAGGAUAAUACCAGCCUCCGUUUCGUAAUUCCCCUCUUUUUAUUUCGCACGAGCAGAGGAACAGAGACUCGUGCGAGAUAACAGGAGGGGAUGUCGAGUCGGGGAGGCAACUAGGUGAUGUGGGCUUUGAUUCUUGCAAGUAGUAUUCUGUUUCUAUGAUGAAUUUUCUUGGAUUGUUGAGAGCAUAUCAGCGGUUGAAUUCUUCAAUGUAUUUAUUAUUAUACCAUGUGAUGAUACACUUCAGAAUUUUUGGACAAAACACACCUCAAAUAUAUUCAUUUUUGGAUAAAGCUCAUCCCAUAUAAAUAUAUAAGAGAAAUGUUAAGGAGAUUUCUUAAAACUAAAAUUCUUUAUGAACUCUCUGUAACUUUAUAAUUUAAUGUCGCUGUCACUUUAUAGUUUAAUAUUAAUUGAUGUGCUAAACUUAUAACAUAUUGUGUUAAAAGACAGAGAAUCCAUCGAUAACCUUAGCAUUUCUAAACAAUAAAUAUCCCAUUUUUGGAUAAAACUCACCUUGGAUAAACUGAAAAAGGAAUUAAAUCCAUUUUUGUUGUUGAAAAAUUAUACCCAUUUAAUAACAUAUGAGUGCUAUUCAGUAUUAUGAUCUCGUAAUAUUUCUUUUCAUUUGGAAGUGAGAAAUCUUAGGUUCGAAUCUUAUGGAUGACGAAUUUAAUAUCGAAUUAGGCUGCUCAUUUUGUGAUUUAGUUAAAUUUUUCUUACGUUUAAUGUAAAAACGUCGAUGUACUUAUAAAAAAAAAAAAAAAAAAAAAAAAACAAAACAACAACAUAGGGGUUAACGCUUGGCAGUCCAUGGUCUCAUCGUGGUGCUCAAAUCCGACAAGGAGUAGUUACCCCCACCGACUCCAUUUUGAGAUGCGUGCUACCAUCCCGAAACUUCGACACGAGGUAACCUCUCAUUGGAUCUUUUGCAUGAGAAGCGGAGUACGUGUAGGAAAACCAUAGCUUUGUCAUUAAAAGACCGCUUUGGAACGAGGACGCUUGUCUCCUCUACAUAAGCUGCAUCUGUGCACCCAACAGAAGAAGAAUACACGAAAAAGUGUCUGCAAACCCUAGACAGAUAUUUUGAGCUUUCCUCUUUGCAACUGAGCUCGAAUCGCUCUUCAAUUCGCCAUUUCUGUAAAUUAGAGAAGUUUUUAGAAUAUUUCUUUGGAAGAAACAAAAACGAGAGAGAAAGAGAUGGAGGAUGUUAUACCAGAGUCUGAAAGCCUGCUGCUUCCGGUGAAUCUCCGCCAUACAAAUGGCGGAGCCAACACAGAAGGUCAUGGAGCUGUUAAUGGAGGUGAAGGGACGGCAAAAGGGUCCAUUCACAGCGAGCAAGGAGAGGACAAAGAAGUUGAUGCAGAGAAGAAAAGCAUGAUCGGAGGUACUGAGGAGGAAGAAGAAAAGGGAGGUGGUGGGAUUAUAACACACCUUAUAUCUAUAGUUUCCCCGAGGAGCGCUCCGAAAGGCGGGGAUGCUGGAAAAAGAAAAGGUGAGUUUAAAGUCGAUGAUGUGGGGAACGGGGAGUUUUCUAAUAAGUCGGAGAAAGAGGGUGGUGGUGAAAAUGGUAAUGGAGGGGUUUUCUCAAAUCUCAUCUCCAACUUUUUUAACCAGAGUAAUGGCGGCGGAGAAGGAGGAGGAGGAGGAGGAGAGGUUGAUGAGGUGAAUAAAGAAGAUGAGAAGGAUAUUGGGAAUAAGAGGAUGAAGACGGCAGAGGAGGCGGAGGAGGGUGGCGGUGGAGGUGGCAUCAUUGACAAUAUUGUCUCUCACUUGCCUACAUCACUUCCAGAAACUGCUUUUGUUCAUAAGCACUUUUGUGAACUGAGAAUAUUGUCGAAUGAAUUUCUAAUGACCAGAUGAUGCAGCUCCGACAACGGAUGAGGCCUCCAUUCUUAUUACCUCGAUUGUCAAAGACUAAGCAGGCAAUGUGUGCCCACUAGUACAAGAAGUGCCUGUAUUUUAUUUUUUCCCUUCCAAAUUGUUGUUUUCUGUUUUUUUCCGAUUUCGGUGUUGUUACUUUUGUGGUAAAAUGUUAAAUGUUAAUGUAUGUUAUGAUUUGGUAAA